AUGAGCCAACAAGUACCAACAGCUCUUCUACCUCACGAUUCCUACGUGGGAGAGAUCUAUCGCAUCAACAUCUCCUUCAUCUGCGUCAAUUCCGUAAUCAUCAUCAUUCGCUUGAUUGUCAGAGGCUUCGUCGUUGGACAUGUGGCCGUUGACGAUUACCUUAUGGUGGCGGCUGGCCUCUUCGCCGAUGCCUUUUCCGCCAUGGCGAUAGUUGGGAUACGAUAUGGCCUGGGGAGACAUAUCUAUGACCUUCCACAGGACUCCAGAUUUGUUGACAACACGAAGAACGUGAUUCAGACGUUGUGGACAUGUCAAAUCAUGUACGUCACAGCCUUGAUGCUGGUCAAGAUAUCCAUCGUGACAUCGUACAUUCGGGUUUUCCCGACUACCGUCUUUCGGAGAAUAAUGUAUGCUCUCGGUGUGGCCAUUAUUGCGGUCUGGAUCUGCAGUAUCCUCGUCACAAUCUUCCAAUGCCAUCCGGUCCGCGGUGCCUGGGACUUUACUCUCCCUAGAGACUGCUUGGAGAUCGUCUCGGCCUAUUACUUCACCACCGCUUUUUCAAUCUUUACCGACUUCCUGCUGUGUACCCUCCCGUUGCCCGUCUUUUUCAGGCUCAGACUUCCGGCGAGGCAAAAGUAUAUUGUGUCUCUACUGUUUGCUGUCGGCUUGUUCGCAACCGUGGCAUCGGCUCUACGCAUCAGCGUCCUCAAGAGUGUCAACAGCUUAGAUGUCACCAUGGGAUCAGUAUCCACAAUGAAGUGGUCGGUGGUUGAGGUUGGCACGGGUAUCGUCUGUGCAUGUAUACCCUGCCUGAAGCCACUUUUCAAGAAUCUAUUGCCAGACAAGACCUCCGCCAACAGGUCUGGUCCCCCAGCCGGAGGGCCUGGUAUGCAGACGCCCAGGCUGGGAACCGCACAUGAAGAGAGACACGAGCUCACCAAGCCCUCGGAAGGCUGGACGAACUUCAGUCGGCCGGCAACACUCACCCUGAAGCCAGGCCCGCUGGUGACGGCAAAGAAUUUUGUUUAA